CGUCUACUGGCCCAAAAACCCGAAAGGGUGGGUUAGUCUUCGAUUUUAUAAUAAGUCAACUUUUUUGCCCUAACCUAAAACCCUAACAGAGGCGAAGAAGAAGAGAAGGAGACGGUGAGAAGCUAUGGUGUCGCUGAAAGCCCAGAAGCGGCUCGCCUCAUCCGUGAUGAAAUGCGGGAAAGGAAAAGUGUGGCUUGAUCCCAAUGAAUCCACCGAUAUCGCCUUGGCCAAUUCCAGGCAGAACAUUAGGAAGCUUGUGAAGGACGGUUUCAUAAUCAGGAAGCCCUCGAAGAUCCACUCACGUGCUCGUGCAAGGAGAUUGAACGAGGCCAAGAAGAAGGGUCGUCACUCGGGAUAUGGUAAGAGGAAGGGGACAAGAGAGGCGAGGCUACCGACCAAGGUUCUGUGGAUGACGAGGAUGAGGGUGAUGAGGCGUUUCCUGACAAAGUGCCGCGAGACGAACAAGAUCGACAGGCACAUGUACCACGACAUGUACAUGAAAGUGAAAGGAAACGUGUUUAAGAACAAACGCGUGCUUAUGGAGAGCAUCCACAAGUCCAAAGCUGAGAAGGCCAGAGAGAAGACACUCGCUGACCAGUUUGAGGCCAAGCGUUCUAAGAACAAGGCUUGUCGGGAGAGAAAGUUUGCCAGAAGGGAGGAACGUUUAGCUCAAGGACCUGGAGGUGUUGCAGAGAUUGCUCUUCAAGCUUGAGUUUUGCCUCUCUUACUUAGUAGAUUUCUUUUCUUCUUUUUUUUUUUUUGGUUUAGAUGAUUUUGUCGGAGAUUCUUUUCUUUAACAUAUACUAUUUCUCUUUUUUAUUUAUUAAUCCAUCAGUUUUUUUUCUUUUUC